GGCUUCCGGCCGUCGGGGGCGGGGUGGGCCCGGAAGCGGCGGCGGCGGCGCGGGGACCGAGGAGCUGGCCAUGGCUGCGAACCUGAGCCGGAACGGGCCGGCACUGCAGGAGGCCUACGUGCGGGUGGUCACCGAGAAGUCCCCGACCAACUGGGCUCUCUUCACCUACGAGGGCAACAGCAAUGACAUCCGUGUGGCUGGCACUGGGGAGGGGGGCCUGGAGGAGAUGGUCGAGGAGCUCAACAGCGGGAAGGUGAUGUACGCUUUCUGCAGGGUGAAGGACCCCAACUCCGGCCUGCCCAAGUUUGUGCUCAUCAACUGGACGGGCGAGGGCGUGAAUGACGUGCGGAAGGGAGCGUGCGCCAGACACGUCAGCACCAUGGCCGGCUUCCUGAAGGGGGCCCACGUGACCAUCAAUGCGCGGGCGGAGGAGGAUGUGGAACCUGAGUGUGUCAUGGAGAAGGUGGCCCGGGCCUCAGGUGCCAACUACGCCUUCCACAGGGAGAGCGGCCGCUUCCAGGACGUGGGCCCGCAGGCCCCAGUGGGAUCUGUGUACCAGAAGACCAAUGCAGUGUCUGAGAUCAAAAGGGUUGGCAAAGACAGCUUCUGGGCCAAAGCAGAGAAGGAGGAGGAGAACCGCCGGCUGGAGGAGAAGCGGCGGGCAGAGCAGGAGCGGCGGGAGUGGGAGCAGGAGCGGCGGGAGCGGGAGCUGCGCGAGGCCGCCCUCCGGGAACAGCGCUGUCAAGAGUGGGGCAGUGGGGCCGGCCCCCAGAGCAGGCAGUGUGACCAGCAGGAAAUGGUUCCGAGGGACAGUGAGGAGCAGCUGUGGGGAGCCAGGCAACCUGCUCCCCAGGUACCCGUCUGUCAGCAGUCGGCACACCCACGGGAGGUUUUCAAGCAGAAGGAGAGAGCCCUGUCCGCCACGUCUGUCUCCAGCCCCCAGCCAGGCAAACUGAGGAGCCCCUUCCUGCAGAAGCAGCUCCCCCAGCCAGAGACCACCCUCGGCAGAGACUUGCCUCACGCCGCCUCACAACCCAGGGCAGGUCUCUGCGAGGAGCCGACACACAGCUCCCCUCCCUGUCCAGUGCAGGAGGAAGGGGAGGCCGUGUACGAGGAGCCCCCAGAGCAGGACACGCUCUACGAGGAGCCCCCAGUGGUGCAGCAGCCGGACGCAGGCGCCGAGGGCAUGGACCGCUAUCCGGGACUAAGUGGGAAGGGGCUCUGUGCCCGGGCCCUGUACGACUACCAGGCAGCUGACGACACCGAAAUCUCCUUUGACCCUGAGAACCUCAUCACGGGCAUCGAGGUGAUCGACGAGGGCUGGUGGCGCGGCUACGGGCCAGACGGCCACUUUGGCAUGUUUCCUGCCAAUUAUGUGGAGCUCAUCGAGUGAGGAGCCUGGCUGCUGGCCCAGGCUUGAGCCGUCCUUCCUUCCCCGCCCAUACUCGGUCCCAUUGCUGGAGAAGGUGGUGUGAGGUCCUCCAGGAGUGGGACUCCGGGUAGGACAAGCCCUCAGGCUCCCUCUGGCUUGGGUGGCUCAGUCCGUCACCCCAAAUGCAGCAAUAACCUGGUGGUUCCCACACACGCUUCCAGCAGCCUCCCAGACCCUCUGGUCAGUCUGACCCUGACCCCAACAGGGACCACUGAGCCGAGUCCCAGCCAUGCCAGCCCCUGGGGGUCUGAGCCAGAGCCUUGGGAGGCCUAUACUCACCUUCUUCCUUUUCCUCUGGGCCCUGGGGGUGGGGGCUGCAGCUGUCAGUGACCCUGGGGCCUGUGGACUUAGCAGUUGCUGACCAGAGGCAGAGUGGGUCAUGGCACCUGGCAGCCGUGGCUUAUCUGUGUGUCUGCUGUCUGCUCCGUUUCUGUCAUUCUGCCUGAGCUGUGGGCAGUGGGGUCGAGGACAACCAAGCCCUCAUCUCAGUAGGUGAAGGAAGGUGUGGAAACAUCGCAGACGCAUCUGUCCUUCAUGCGGCUUGCUCUUGCCUGCUGGCCCCAUGUCUGCUCUUGGAGUGGGAACUGCUCCCACAGGCCCCAGCUCUGACCGCCCUCUUGUGACCUGACUGCCUGUGUGGGACGAGCCCUUCCUGGGGACUGUGGCACGUGCGUGUACCUUGGGCCAGCUGGCCGCAGCCGCCUGCCAGGAGCAUAAAUGUUAGGAUGUGAGUGAA